AUGACGUGGCCGCCAAGAAGAGGAUCAAGAGAAGUGCUGUACUUCGACGGCAGCAAGCUUGAGGAACUUCUGCAGUUCUUUGAAGACAUUGAGAUGUUAGCUGCUGACUUCCAGAAGGACGCCAAGUGGAUGUGCAAGCAAGUGACAUACUAUGCAGCAACGAGCUGUAGCAGUUUGUGGGCUACUGUGCCUGAGUUGAAGAAGAAAGGAGCAUGCAAUUGGAGCAUUGUGAAAGAGGAGAUCAGAAAGCUCUAUCUGGAGCUGAUCGAUGGUCAAUGCUACACAAGAGCCAAUAUCACACAACUAGUUGAUGUGCAGAGUGAGAAGGAAAUGACAGUGCAGACAGAGUUUGGCUGCUACUGCUGCAAGUUCCAGGUGCAAGCAGAGUACUUGAAGGAGCAAGGGAAGAUGUCAGCAUGCAAGUUAGACUGUAAGUUCUGGAGAGGGAUCAGAGGGACGCUGAGGACGAACCUGACGCAACGACUGGAGAUUCUCUAUGUGGACAAGGAUGCAAGCAAGCUGUUCAAAUUUGCUGAUGUAGUCAGGCUAGCAGACCACGUUCUUCUAGCAGGGCAGACAGAGGCAGGCUGA